AUGAAUCUUGUGAGAUUCCUUAAUGAUGAUGAAAAAAAUCUCAAAGAAGAUGAAAAAUAUAUCUACAUUUUGAAUGGUUUGGAAAACUCUUUGUAUGGAGUAUUUGAUACAAAGAAAAUAGCUAGAGAACUGUGGGAGUCCUUAAACCUAAAAUAUACAUUUGAGGAUGCUGGUGCAAAGAAAUUUGUUGUUGGACGGUUCCUAGAUUAUAAAAUGGUUGAUUCCAAAUAUGUGAGCAUUGAAGAAUUAAUUGUUAGACUUCCUAUCGAAGAAGACAACAAGAAUUCGGAAAAAAAGAGUUCAAUACAAGAUGUGGCUAAGGCCAACCUAAUGGAGCAAGAUCAAAACUCCAGGGGAAAGAAAAACUUCAAACCUAGCGAUAAAGGGUUCAAGUUUGGGCCAAAUGGAGGAAUCUCGAAAAAGCCAUUCAAAUUUCUUGGCAAGAGCUUUAACUACAAUAAGCCGGGUCACAAGUCCGCGGAUUGUAGACUGCCAAAGAAGAAACAAAGUAAUGAGGCUCAUCUGGUGGAUAGCAUCUCCAAAGAUGUUGAUCUAAUAAAUCUAUCAGCCAUGGUUUCUGAGAUAAACCUAGUCAAUUCCAAACCAAUGGAGUGGUGGAUUGAUACUGGUGCCACUCAGCAUGUAUGCUCAGAUAAGAUUCUAUUCAAAUCUUUUAAACAGGUAGAUAAUGGCGAGAAGUUCUUCAUGAGAAAUUCUGACACAUCUAAAAUUGCGGGUUAA